AUGGAGUUGGCAGAUGGAUCAACAGAUAUUGUGCACCCAGAAGUGCGAGCGCAUAUCAACAGUCUUGUCUCAGCGCUUGGAGGUAUCAGCGCCGACGAUGAUGGCGGCUAUCAACUCGGUGACGAUGCCCUCGAGGUUCUUCGCGAUCUAAAACGAUGGAUACGCUUCUACGACGAAAAGACGAAUCGGAUGGAUGUUGCGCGAUGCAUACACGAGGCGAACCUGAUCGAGGGUGAUCUGCUUCCCAUUCUCUCGACGUGGCCCGAAAACGCCACGGACAGUAAAUUCAAGUCCAGGAUAGCCUUGGCUUGCUUCGAACUCAUGGUUCCUCUCACCUGGCCGAUGGCAAGGGACAGAGAGCGAAUGACGGUCAAUCACCACCGCCAUAUGCCGGUCCUGGAGCUUGCCCAGGUUGGAUAUAAACGAGCCGUUAUCAAUUACGACGGAGCUCGCGUACUUCAUACAGCUGUACGGGUGGCUCUCCCAUCCAUGGCAAUACCGAUUGGCGACCGAACACAACGUGAUCAUGGUAUCAUCAAGCUGGUAUUGUUCUUCCUCCGUAACAUCGCCAUGAUCGAGCCCCCCCCUGAUGUUAAAUACGAAGGCGAUGAGUCUCAAAUAUCUCGAUCCGCCACUAUCGAUGCGUUCUCAUACCAAGACAUCUUCCUCGUGCUCUUGACGCUUGCAUCGAAUAUGGGAGAGGAUUUUCGAACCGAAGAUACAUCUGUCAUGGAAAUUAUAUACCAUUUAGUGAAACAAGUUGACAUUGAAAAGCUCUUCAUGAAUGAGCAGCAGCUAAGUAAGGCCAAGGCUGGAGAGCUCGCCGAUAUGAUGAGUAAGGAGUCGUCCAUGUUGAAGGCAUACAACCGCAAAGGCCCAACUCGCCACAACCGAUUCGGUACCAUGAUUUGGGUGAAGCGAGACGACGGCAAGAUGUCAUCACUUUCGGGCCAAGAUGCGCUGGCUGAUGCCUCCAUGAGGAAUCAAAAGAUGGAUAACUCAAAAACUUUCCGACCUCCUCGCCGAGCACGAAAAGGGGAUAAAGAUGAGAAAGAUCUCGGGUUGCCAACUAAGCUUAAUUCUCGUGCUUAUGACCAGUUGCGAUUGUUUGUCGAAGAUUUCCUUGACUCGGGCUUCAACCCCCUAUUCCAACAUGUCCGCAAAACCAUUGAUAGGGAGGCACCACAUGUAAUGCAGUAUCACCGCCGUCAAUUUUGCUACUUGGUAGCAUGGUUCCUAGAAGCCGAGCGCAUGAGGCGCAAGGCAGGGAAACAGUCGACUAAGAAUCCCAGCGAGGACAUCAGCAGUUUCAACCUUGUUGCAGGUGUUCUCAACCAGGAGAUGUUCAUCACUCUCAAUAAAGCUCUCCAUGAGUCGCUGGAGAUGAAAGAUUGGCAUGAAUUAACCGCUGUUAUGCGUUGUUUCACCCAGAUCCUUCUCACCGUGCAGGAAAUGUCAGAGUCAGGCAACGAGGACAACGAAGAGAUCGCCGAAAACGUGCUUAGUCGUCUAUUUUACGAAGAAGCAACCCACGAUGCAAUUGCCACCAUUAUCAGAACUUACAAGGACCAAAGCUUCAACUACCUUGAUGCUGCCACGGAACUGGUCCACCACUUCCUCCGUAUUCUGGAAGGAUACUCAAAGCAGAACAUCGAUAUGCAAGUUCGCUCGCGGAAGCGAACUCGACGGAAGAAGAAGGCUGCCCAAGACGCUGCAGGAAUCGAAAAUGACAAUGACGAGAAUGACGGUUCAGACAAUGAUGCCGCAUCCGCUGAACGAACAACUAAAGAACGAAAGUUCGACUUUCAUCGCUUUGCAACGCGUUUCACGCCCCAGAGCGUAGUGGAUACAUUUGUCGCUUUCACCAAGUAUUACCGUGAUCUGACAGACUCGCAACUCAAGCGAGCGCAUCGAUAUUUCUAUCGCGUGGCUUUCAAAGCAGAGGCGAGUGUCAUGCUAUUUCGUGUGGACAUAAUUCACCUCUUUUAUAACAUGAUCAAAGGCCCUGCUGCGCUUGACAAGUCCUCUAGGGUGUUCAAGGAGUGGGAAGAGUUGGUGAAGCAGAUACUGCGCAAAUGCUUCAAGAAGCUUGAACAGCGACCAGAACUGCUUGUGGAGAUGCUCUUCAGCAAGGGAUCUAGCACUGCCUUCUUUCUCGAGUACGGUUUCGAACGACAAACUGUCACUGCAGCCAGCAAAGCCAAACCUGCAGCUGAGCUGGUCUUCAAAAACACUGAAGAGCUAGACCGGCAGAUCGCCAUUGUCGUUGGAGCAAUGUUGGACAAGAACCAGGUAAACCAUGUCGCUUGGAUCAAGAAAAUCCUCGGCGACGCUGAGAGCGAACGUAAAGCUUUUAUGGCAGCGGAAGAGGCAAUGGCUUCAGUUGAGCCUGUACAAGACGAUGCUGAGGAACAGCCAACAGAGUCGGGGCCAAAAGCUCCUCCUAUAUUUUUCGUGCGUCCAGAUGAUAAGGACCGUCGUAAUGCCAUGUUCAAGAACUCUCAUAUGCGACUUCUUAUGAAACUUGUUGGUCUUCAGCUAUUAGGCCCGGCAUCAGAUGAAACACCCGAGUCCGCAUGGAUCAUACCUUCUGAUGUCUCUGCCGAUGUUCUCACGGAUGCCAUCCACUACAUCAACCAAGCCGAGUUCAGCCCUCCAACAUUUGACGAGGGAGUUCUGGCAGAACACCAGUUGAAACGCAAGAGUGCGCCACGCAAGAAGGCCGAUUUCGAUGAUGAUGAGGAGGGCGAGCUUGACGACCCCAUGUUCGGACCCCUCGGUCCCACGGUGCGCAAACCCAUUGACGAAGAAGAUGACCCCAAGAAGUCACCCAGGAAACGUAGGCCUCGAAAAGAACUUACCGAAGAAGAAAGACAAAAGAAGCGUGAAGAAAGGCGAAGAAAAGAGCAAGAAAAGGUGAAGCGCUUGAGAUCAGAAAAGUAUGUAAGGCCCGAGGACGAUGAAACGGAUUCUGAAUACGACGAACUCUUCUACGCUCGGGAACGAGAGGCAGAAGCAAAGGCAUCGGCCAUCCGCCACGUUGCGGAACGCCUUAUUGUAUCUAAAAAGCCAACUAGAAAGCGUGGAAUUGCAGCUACAGAAUCUGCAUCAAGUAGUGAGGAGCAUCAGGGAGGUGACGAUUCUGAUUCUGGUGAUGAUUUCAUUCUUAGGGCAAUGAAUACAACUCUUGAGGAAGAGAACGGGGGGCAGCCAGAAGGAGUAUUGCCAGAUGGCAGUGAUGGAGAGGGUUGCAAGAGGAGACGAAUCAGUGUUGAAAAGACUCAGCCUGACGAGGAUGAGGAAAUGGGCGGCGUGAAUAGGAAUGGAGAUGGGAAUGAGGAUGAGGAUGAAGCACCUGUCGUAACUCGAAGACCGCGUGUACGGAGUGGGUUUGUGGUGGAUAGUGAUGAUGAUGAUGAGUAG